AUGAACCCGACUAAUAAACUUGCGUAUAAACGCCACAAGUAUUCAGGGCCGCGAAAAUCGCGAAAAAAGGUGCAAGCCGCAUUCAAACGUCAUCAUCAAAGUUCUUUUCUAUGCCGGGUGGAAGCAUGGCGUACCAAGAAGGAGAAGGUAGUGGAAGAAACCGCGAACUGCCCUGUUGUAUUUAGUCCACAUACAACUGAAGAUCCUCUUCAGCUGUCCAAAGUUUCGACAGCUGAAGCUACGCCCAAAAUCUAUUCGAGCGAACAAACUUCGAACGCGGACUAUGUGCUUGAGACUUCAACAUCUGAACAUUUAUCUGACAUCGCCAAUAUUGAGGACGUCCACUGUAAUAACGAUCAACCUUCACAAGUACACUUUGUCAAUAAGACCGGCGACACCUUACCUCCUGGACCGUCAUCUGGUAAAGACAAAAACGAAGAUGACCAUAAUUCCAAUCCCCCAGUGAAAAUAGUAAAACGCAGUAGUCGCCGUAAAAUCGCUAAAAAGACGGAAAUUCCCAAAUCACAAGCACUUCCUCUGAAAGAAACACCUGUGGUUCAGCCGUCUUCGUCUGCACAACCGCCUUCAUUCCAUAUAGUCUUCCAAGAUGAUGAGGAAGUCGAUUUAGAUGCCGAUGUUAUUGAGUUUGGCGAGCCAAAACGAGCACGACGUAAUACUACAAAAAACGGACCAUGCGGUGGUGCAAAAGCCUCAUCCCCUAAACCUGAGCUAUUACUUUAUAACGGUUGUAUCAAUAAAGGUUCCGAAAUCGGUGAUUCUGAACCCGACGAUAGUGAUAACCUUCUUCAGACCACGUACGAACGAAGUGCUACGGCGGAGCCCGCACGUGAAAUAGACUUAACGCAGUUUCAAGCAGCAGUGUUAAAGAAGGAGGAUGAAGUCAAUGAUAAAGCUAUACGCGAAAUAGUCUCUGAAGAUUGCAGUUCCACCUUCAUAUGGAAUACUGACACAUUAAUGUUUCAAGGACGACGGGAGACAUUUUCAAGUAAACCGGGACCCACAUUAAAAUUGACAAAACAGACUAAGCUUAUUGAAAUAUUUUACGAAAUGUUUGACAAUGAUUUCAUUGAACUUUUAUGUAUUGCAACCAAUAGGAAAGCAGAAGACAUGAUUGCUUUAAGCCGAAAACAAAACAAAUUUACAACGCAAUCCCGAUUUUAUCAAUGGGUUCCCAUAGAUAGAGACGAAAUGAUAACCUUUUUGGCUAUAAUUAUCCUGCAAGGCCUCUACCGGUUUCAAAACGACAAAGCCUACUUUGUGUUUAAUGGUUUUGGCACUACGCCCUAUUUCGCAAAAAUUAUGUCAUAUGACCGUUUUACAUUGCUAAAAGAUUGCUUAUGUUUCGAGAAUAACCAUAACAUACAGGACACCACUAGACUCGGUAAAAUAAAACCCGUCAUUGAUUACUUGAAUUUAAAAUUUUCUAGCCUCUACAUGCCUUCUCAAGAGAUUGUCAUCGAUGAAACUCUCUUGAAAUGUAAUGGGAGAUUAAGUUUCGCCCAAAAAGUUUCAUCCAGGGCCGCAAAAACAGGAGUAAAAACUUAUGAGCUGUGUGAAUCAUUGACGGGCUACCUCUGGAAAUUUUACGUAGAUGCUGGCAAAGGCAAAUCAACUGGACUCGAUGAGGCACACACAAACGAUGACCUACACGAGGAUGGUACAAAUGGCGAACUGGAAAAGGAGCAGACAAUAAUUGAUAAAUUUGCUAAAGAUGUUGAAGCUGUUGAUAUUAUACCGAGUGAAAAUGAAGACUGUAGUAUUAAAAUUGUUUACAACUUGAUCGAGCCGCUGCUUCAUCGUGGGCAUACUUUAAUAAUGGAUAAUUUUUAUAAUAGUCCAUUAUUAUUGCGACACCUGAAGAAACACAAGACGGAUUGUUAUGGAACCUUACGACUGAGCAGAGAAUUCGUUCCUGAUUCUGUAAGGAAAUUAACAAAGAAAGAUCUCCGACAAGGAGAAGCAAUAGGCACACACUGUUCUGAUUUGGGUAUUAUGGUAUGGCGAGAUGCCAACAUUGUUAGUAUGAUCUCAACAUACCAUAAUUUCCAAACCCGUUCUUUAGAAACCACUAACAAAAUGGGUUAUAAACCAAUAGUAGUAGACGACUAUAAGAAGAGUAUGGCAACACUUCAUAAAAAGGACCAAUUCCAAUCACCUCAACCUAUGAACCGGGUUCGAUGUAGAGGCUGGUAUAAAACUCUCUUCUACAGAUUGUACAAUGCAGGUAUAUUCAACUGUUUUGUAAUAUAUUCCAGUUUACACACUGGAAUAACACAUCGUAAUUUCCGUGUAGCAUUAGCAGAAGAUUUAGUUAGGAUACAUAGGCAAAUAUGUAUAACAAGGGAAUCCCGAAGUUUGAAUAUAAGUCCCGAAGUUCCUAGUUCCAACAUGACUGGAGACGUAAAGAGAUUAAAAAAGCGAAGGAAUAUUAAAGCAAGACCGACGGUGGAAGGUAACCACUUCCCAAUACGUACAGGGAGUUACAACACACGUUGUCGGCUUUGCCCUAAAAAAACCAGAACAGUUUGGAAAUGCGAGGAAUGUAACGUGAAUCUUUGUAUUUUGGGAUGCUUUAAGGCGUUCCACAAGUCAUAG